GAUAAAUUUCCUCCCCGGCGAACGGAAUCCCCUGCUGCUCCGGUGGAAAUGCGACGGCGGAGCCGGGCGCGCCGCAGCGGCAGGCAGGGGGGAUCAGGGGACCGGCUGUAGCCGCUCGAGCCCAACCCGUUUAAGCCCCCGGCCCUUGUAGCGGAGGGGACCCCCCUCCCUUCUCUUCCCAUCCUCAAUUUAAGCCACGCAAAAGCGAGGACCCCCCCCACCACCACCCCCGAGUUCAUUGCAGCCUGAUCCGCCGCUGGCGACGCUCGAGGAGAGGCUCUGCUCAGCCCAGGGGGGCUGCGGCCGGAGACCGCGAUGAAGAAGGUGGCGGCCCUCGACUGCCGCCAGCUCCGGAAGCUCCUGCGGAAGGAGCCCUCCCGCUGCCUGGUGCUGGACUGCAGACCCUACCUGUCCUACUCAGCCUCCCGCCUGCGGGGAGCGCUCAAUGUCAACCUCAAUUCGGUCGUGAUGCGCCGGGCCCGCGGCGGGCCCGUGCCCCUCAACUUCGUGGUGCCGGACGAGGCGGCCCGCACCCGGCUGCUGCUGCCGGGGGAAGGGGCGGCCGCGGCGCGGCUGGCGGCGGUGGUCGUCCUGGAUCAAGGCACCGGGCACUGGCAGAAGCUGAAGAAGGAGAGCACGGCGCAGAUCGUCCUCAACGCCCUGCUGUCCAGCCUGCCGGAGGCCGGGGCCAGGGUCUGCUUCCUGAAAGGGGGAUAUGAAACCUUUUACUCUCAAUAUCCUGAGUGCUGUGUAGAUGUAAAACCCAUUUCCCCAGAGAGAAAUGAAAUGGAGAGAAACCUCAACAGCCACUGUGAGAAGCAGAGCACCAACCACAAACCGGCUUAUGAUCAGGGUGGUCCAGUUGAAAUCCUGCCUUUCCUUUACCUUGGCAGUGCCUACCAUGCUUCUAAGUGUGAGUUCCUAGCCAACCUGCACAUCACAGCCUUGCUCAAUGUCUCCAGGAAAGGUUCAGAGUCCUUUAAAGAGCAAUAUUGUUAUAAAUGGAUCCCAGUGGAGGACAGUCACAUGGCAGACAUCAGCUCUCACUUCCAGGAAGCCAUAGAUUUCAUUGACUGCGUGAGGCGAGCUGGAGGCAAAAUCCUGGUGCACUGUGAAGCCGGAAUUUCACGCUCCCCCACCAUCUGCAUGGCUUAUCUCAUGAAAACGAAAAAGUUCCGCCUGGAGGAGGCAUUUGAUUACAUCAAACAACGUAGGAGUCUGAUCUCACCAAAUUUUGGUUUCAUGGGCCAAUUACUACAGUAUGAGUCAGAGAUCCUGUCUUCCACUCCUAGUCCCCCUGUUGCCUCAUGCAAAAGAGAAGCUGUGUCUUUUUUUGCAGAAGAACUGACUUUAAGCAAAAACUUUGAAGGCUCAUGUUACACAUUUCCUACCUCAGUCUUGAGUUCUGUGCCCAUUCGUUCUCCUGUCCAUCAGCUAAAACUUAGUCCUAUUACUGCAUCUUCAUCAUGCUAAGCCCUAUUGGAAAUUAGAAAUAAUAUGUUCCUUUGUUACCAACUGUGAUUCCAAUAAGAACAUUUCAUGAACGUGCAAUACAGAA